AUGGGGUUUGUGUGGCGAUCGCUGGCGGUGGUGCUGGCCGUGCUGGGCGCGGCAGCGACGAUGGCCGGAGCGGCGCCGCAGGUGCCGUGCUACUUCGUGUUCGGCGACUCGCUGGUGGACAACGGCAACAACAACGGCAUCGUGUCGAUGGCGCGCGCGAACUACCCGCCCUACGGCAUCGACUUCGCCGGCGGCCCCACCGGCCGCUUCUCCAACGGCCUCACCACCGUCGACGUCAUCUCCAGGCUUCUGGGCUUCGACGACUUCAUCCCGCCGUUCGCCGGCGCGAGCAGCGACCAGCUCCUCACCGGCGUCAACUUCGCCUCCGCCGCCGCCGGCAUCCGGGAGGAGACCGGACAGCAGCUGGGUGGCCGGAUCACCUUCAGCGGGCAGGUCCAGAACUACCAGAGCGCGGUGGAGCAGCUGGUGAGCAUCCUGGGCGACGAGGACUCGGCGGCGGCGCGGCUGAGCCAGUGCAUCUUCACCAUCGGCAUGGGCAGCAACGACUACCUCAACAACUACUUCCAGCCGGCCUUCUACGACACGGCGAACCGCUACACGCCUACGCAGUACGCCGACGACCUGGCGGCGCGCUUCGUGCCGCUGCUCCAGGCCCUCUACAGCUACGGGGCGCGCAAGGUGGCGCUGAUGGGGGUGGGGCAGGUCGGGUGCAGUCCCAACGAGCUGGCCACGCAGAGCGCCAACGGCGUCACCUGCGUCGACCGCAUCAACGUCGCCGUCAGGAUGUUCAACCAGCGCCUCCUCCGCGUCGUCGACCAGUUCAACCGCCUACCGGGGGCGCACUUCACCUUCAUCAACAUCGAUGGCAUCUUCUCCGACAUCCUCAGGGCGCCCGGGUCACACGGCCUCAGGGUCACCAACCAGGGAUGCUGCGGGGUGGGGAGGAACAAUGGGCAGGUCACCUGCCUGCCGUUCCAGACGCCAUGCGCCAACAGGCACGAGUACCUCUUCUGGGACGCCUUCCACCCGACGGAGGCGGCCAACGUGCUCGUCGGACAGCGGGCUUACAGCGCCCGCCUGUCCUCCGACGUGUACCCCGUCGACCUCCGGACCCUCGCCCGCCUCUAG